ACAGCAGCACAGGAUAUGGAGGCUCUUGAGGUGGAUGACAUUAGCCCUGCCUUGGAAGUGACUGAAGACUUUUUCAAUAGUUUUGAUACUAAGCUUGAAAAGAUUGUGCAGCCCUCUGAGGUGUAUGGUGUACAGGAGGUCCCUGAACUGGUUGGGCAUGAGGUAUUUGAUCAGAUAACGGAGAGCAGGAACCUGAGGAAUGUCACCUCCUUAGCCAAAGGUAGCCUCAUCUGGGAUCACUGCAAAAAUGGCCUCUUGGAAACCAAAGCUCAGACGGUGUUCCCUGCCAAAGACCAGCACAUGGUGCAGAGGGGAACAGCUGCUGACAACCUUGCUUGGGCAGGGGAAGGGGAGACCACAGCUUUUAAUAUCUUCAGGAUCUGCCAGCGGCGGAGAGAUAGACCUCGCUCAGUGAAUGACAUCCUGGUGCAGAAUGAGGAAGCCUCCAUGUUCAAACCAGGUCACAACAGGUCACGCUCUGAUAUCAGCCAUGUAAACUGGAGAGUGGUCUUCACAGGCACCUCCCUGCAGCAGCCACCUGCACCUGGGCAGGACAACAGCUGUGCUCUGCUUUCCUACCUGGCAUUAACCAAGGGAGAGGACAUCCAAGGAAACACAGAGCACAAGACCGUGUUCCCAAAUCUUCUGAAGAAGGGAUACGUGGAAGUUAGAAGAGACAAUGACAGCUACUGGCAAACCUGUUACGCUGAGCUCUCCCAGUACAAACUGUACCUGUAUUGCUUGGACAGCAGUGGCAACCAGACUCUUCCCACUGUGUAUCCACUCAUGCAUUUUCAAAGGGUCACUGUUACUGGUGGUGUUGAAACCAAGGUGGUGGACACUGUCCUGUCAGACAGCUCACAGCUACAGCUGAAGGCAGAGUCCUCAUGGGAGACUUUGGACUGGGGACAGAAACUUUGGGAAGCAGUGCGUGCUUCUGUGCCUGCUUUUACAAGACAGCAGGAGAAACUGGAGAAUGUGCCAAAGCCUGAAAAUAACAGUGACCUUUCUCAAACUAAUGGAUUAUUAGAGAAGCCUACGGAGCUCUUCCUAUCCAUGAAUUUGACUGAAAACACUAAAGAGUACCAAAAUAUUCUGAAAUCAGGGACUCUCUACAGGUUAACUGUCCAGAAUAACUGGAAGGCGUUUACUUUUGUCUUGAACAGGUCUUAUCUCAUGGCAUUCCAACCUGGUAGGCUUGAUGAAGAUCCCCUGCUGAGCUACAAUGUCGAUGUGUGCCUGUCAGUCCAGACAGAUACUCGGGAUGGCUGUGACUCUUGCUUUCAGGUCAUUUUUCCCCAAGACGUGCUGCGCCUGCGCGCAGAGACCCGUCAGAGGGCCCAGGAGUGGAUGGAGGCACUGAAAGCAGCAGCCAAUGCUACUCGAAGUUUAACUCAAAACCCCCAGGUCACGCUUAGGAACAAACCCGGAGAUCGGCCCUUUGGAAAUGAUCUUAGAAAGACCAAGCGCCAGUCUGUGACCACCAGCUUCCUGAGCAUCCUGACCACGCUGUCUCUAGAGAGGGGGCUCACAGUUCAGAGCUUCAAGUGUGCAGGCUGUCAGCGCUCCAUAGGUUUGUCCAAUGGGAAAGCCAAGGUGUGCAGCUACAGUGGGUGGUAUUACUGCAGCACCUGCCAUGUGGAUGACAGCUUCCUUAUCCCUGCACGGCUGGUUCAUAACUGGGACACUUCCAAAUACAAGGUAUCAAAGCAAGCCAAAGAGUUCCUGGAAUAUGUUUAUGAGGAGCCAUUAAUUGAUAUCCAGCAGGAAAAUCCCAUGUUGUACAAUCAUGUUGAACCUCUGGCAACUGUUGUCCGCUUGAGGCAGCAGCUAAAAUCUCUGCGAGCCUACUUGUUCAGCUGCAGAGCAGCAGUGGCUGAAGAUCUGCGUAGAAGGAUCUUUCCCAGAGAGUAUCUUCUACAGCAAAUCCAUCUUUAUUCUCUGGCAGACCUUCAGCAGGUUAUUGAAGGAAAGCUGGCUCCUUUCUUGGGCAAGGUGAUCAAGUUUGCCUCCUCUCAUGUGUACAGCUGCAGCCUUUGUAGCCAAAAGGGUUUCAUCUGUGAGAUUUGCAACAAUGGAGAAAUCCUUUACCCCUUUGAGGACAUUUCUACAAGCAGGUGUGAAAGCUGUGGUGCUGUCUUCCACUCAGAGUGCAAAGUGAAGGCUUUACCAUGCCCCAGGUGUGUGCGUAAAGAAUUGCAGAAGAAGCAGAAAUCCUUCUGGAAGCAACUGAAUAUGGAUGAGAACUUCGAAGAGUCUUGCAACAUGUUUGAAUUGUCAUAUCAGAACACAUGAGUUCCUUAAGGCAGUGGCCAGCCUGAACAGAAUACCUCUCCCAGCUGUCAGCUCAAGCAAAUUCUCAGCUUAGACAGGCAGAAAUUGUUUUGAAAAAAAUUACCUGACCUUCUUCAUCUGUGAAUAAGAGCUGCCAAAGUGGCCAUAAAGCCUUGUUGGCUUUGAAAUACCAAUGG